CGGUUGCGCUAUAUUUCGCGGCAUCUCUGCCACAUGAUACUUCGGUCAAAUCGUAAUACGGAGAGAAAUGCAAUCAGCUGACUGAUUUUUUUUAAUCCUUGUAUUUUUAGACCUUUAUAAAUCCAUGGUGAUGCUAAAAACUCUUUGUUGGAUUAUGCGAAAUAGGACUAUUGUACCACAGUGUCAUAGCUUGGCUGGGAAGAAGGCAACGAAAAGUAAAACCCGCCUUCUAUCUGUCGACGACCGCACACCAACCAUAUUUCAUAAGCACGCCAGUACUGCCACGGCAAUGGAAGGCGAAGAAACCAUUACUAAGGUUAACUAUGAGGAUGCUGUACGGGUUUUGAAUACCUUGCAAACAAAUUCUGCAGUUCUGGACAAGAUACGCAAAGAGAAAGGACGACUAAGUAAGAAUAGUUUGCCGGAAUAUUUAGACUUUCUUGACAGAGCUGAUAUCACUCUUGAUGAUAUCGAUGACCUGUCCAUUAUACAUGUAAGUGGCACCAAAGGCAAAGGGUCAGUCUGUGCUUUUUGUGAGAGUAUAUUAAGAGCUAACGGAUUUAAAACUGGAUUUUACAGCUCGCCUCAUUUAGUAGAAGUACGUGAAAGAAUUCGUAUAAACGGCUUACCAUUGAAAAAGGAUGAUUUCAGUAGAUAUUUUUUUAAUGUCUACAACAAAUUGGAAUCUACCAAAGAUAAGUUCAAUGGGUCUAUGCCUGCUUACUUCCGAUUCCUGACCAUUAUGGCCUUCCAUGUCUUCAUGAGAGAAAAAGUUGAUGUUGCCAUUGUUGAAGUAGGUAUCGGCGGCGCCUAUGACUGCACUAAUGUUGUACGGUAUCCCAUAGUGACGGGUAUCAGCUCUCUUGGGAUGGAUCAUACAAAAGUAUUGGGGGACACACUCGAUAAAAUUGCGUGGCAUAAGACCGGUAUAUGUAAGCCGGGACGACCAGCAUUCACAGUGUUACAGCCUAAAGAGGCCAUGGAUACCGUCAUAACCAGAGCUACAGAACUACAGGCACCAAUUCAGCUUACACCUGAUUUGAGUAACUAUGAUUGGCAAGGGAGACCUAUGGAGCUUGGCUUAGCUGGUGAACAUCAACAAAGCAAUGCAUCUUUAGCAAUACAAUUGUGCAGAACUUGGAUUGAGGAACAUAAAGCAUCUCUUACUGAUGAAGAGUCUGAUUACAAGAGACUCAGAAUAUACAAUGAUAUGGACAGCUAUGAAGGACUUCCAAGUGUUGACUGUACUGACGGUGGCAGUGUACAACUCGCCAUGAAUGCCGAUAUUCAUAGCCCUGACACCCAUAUCCAGACAGCUCCAACAUUUAAGUUACCUGAUACCUUUAUCUAUGGACUUCGAAAUUGUUACUGGGCUGGACGGACACAGACUAUAACGCGUGACAACGUGACUUAUUAUUUAGAUGGUGCUCACACACCACGGAGUAUUAGUGCUUGCGUGCAAUGGUUCAAACAAGUAUCAGCCCAAGAAGAACGCUUACUGAGUGGUCGAGUUGUUCGUGUACUGGUGUUCAACUCUACUGGUGAUCGUGAUGAAAGGUCGCUGAUGGAAGAUCUUAUUGAUUGUGAUUUCUCUGCUGCUGCCUUUUGUCCGAACAUUGCUAGUGUUUAUUAUGGCCAGUCAUCAGCAGAUCAAGCAAAUUUCACAACAACAACAGAACGACAGCUUAAAAGGUGUAAAAAGAACAGGGACAUGUGGCAGGUAUUGGAAAAAGAAUCCGGAUUUGCGACCCUAUCGUCGUCUUCUAAAGCUGCUCCAUCUGCAAGUACUACCAGAUUCACAGAUUCUGCGCAACUGGUAGAUUCAUCAUCAAAUUUCACCACAGCCAAUCAGAAAGGUUUUCUUAAAUCACGAGGCGCCACUUCCAAAGUUUCAAACAUGGAAGGACUUCCUCAUCCAAACUAUGGUGCCUUUCAAGAAAACUGUACCGACUAUAAGGAAUCUGACGCCUCAGAUUCGUACAGAACUAAGUCUGUAACUUUUGAUUGUAUCGUAGAUGCUUUACAGUGGGCUGCUUGUGCUAAGGAUUCACAUAUGUCUCAUCCAAGACCCGAGGAUCCCACUCCACCGCACAGUGUCUUAGAAGCAGACCAUAUACAGGUACUCGUAACAGGGAGUCUUCACUUAGUCGGUGGCGUCAUCAAAGUACUUGACCCAGACAUUGUAACUAAGGGCAAUGUACAUGACGACGAUGACAUCCAUAUAUGCUAAAGUUGACACAUAUCUUUGGAUAUUUUCAUUGUGGACUAAAAAUAAAAAGCAUGGCAGUUAAAUAGUUUAUGAACAAUGAACUUUCCAUAUGAUUAUAUUUUUUCGUAAUUGAGUGUUUAUUACUACUCAAGAAUAUGGUGCUGUGUUUUAGAUAUUCAGUGGAAUUUAGAUACAGUUGUGUAUUCAUGUUUGCGGUGAUUUUCUGCUAAGAAAGUACAUUUUUCUAAAAAUGAAAUUGGUAAAUUUUGGAUCUGUGUUUCUUGAUCAACAAUUUAUUAUUAUUCGAACAGGGUACAUGUAAAUACUUUUUCUUGCCGAAUAAAUGAGGUUUACAGACAUU